AUGCUCCGAGAUUUCUUCAUCGCCCUGCUCACGGCCAGCACCGCUCUCAGCGCCGCCGUGCCCGCAGCCACAGCAUGCACCAACCCACAGAAACGUCCUUCAUGGCAUGACAUGAAAGAAGCCGACAAGAAAGCCUACCUCGCCGCCAAUGUCUGCCUCCUCAAAUCUCCCCAAAAGCUCAACCGCCUCCCCGGCGCCAAAACCCGCUGGGACGAACUAGUCUCUCUUCACCAAAUUCACGCCCUGCAAAUCCACACCACGGGCCAGUUCCUCCCAUAUCACCGGUACUACAUCAACAUCCUCGCCUUCCUCCUCAAAGAAUGCGGCUACUCUGGCCCCCUCCCCUACUGGGACGAGACCCGCGACGCAGGCAAAUUCUCCUCCAGCCCCGUCUUCGAUCCCGUCACUGGCUUCGGCGGCACCGGUAAAGGCUCAAAGAACUGCGUGGCUGAUGGCCCUUUUGCAAACCUCACCGUCAAUAUCGGCCCAGGGUUCAAGUCACAACCACGCUGCGUCAACCGGCGCAUCACCAACGCCCUCAGCACACAGUGUGGUGCCACCUAUGUCGCCUCAGCGAUCAGCGGGCCAACCUACAGCCAGGCACUGGACGCCAUCUACUCGGGCCCUCAUCUCGUCGGGCACAUGGCGCUGGCAAUGAUGGACGGGGACUCAAUCACCUCGUCAGGCGACCCGUUGUUCUUUUUGCAUCACGGCUUCGUGGACAAGAUGUGGUGGGACUGGCAGAAGAAAGAUCUCAAUACGAGGCUCAAGGACAUCAGCGGGCUCAACGCGCAGGAUCCGGCGGUAGGGUUUUCCGAGUUUCCGGGUGGUAUGGAGGUGGAAUCUGCCAUGUGGGGGAAGCCUACUGCUGAGAUUUUGGCCGUGACGCCGGAUCCGACGAGUGGUGAUGGGGGCAAAGAGAUUACUUUGGGGCAUGUCAUGUCUUCGUUGGGGAUCAUUCCGAAUGCGACGGUGGCGGAUGUGAUGGAUAUCAAGGGGGGUUAUUUGUGUUAUGAGUUUGUGUAG